AUGAUCUACGAGUCGCCGCACCCUCCUGUCGACCUGCCCGAGUGCUCCGUGUGGGACAAAGUGUGGGCCAACCCGACGGGCGCGAGCGACACCAAGGACGCCGUCAUUGACGGACCGACGGGCCGCAAGCUCAGCCGAGGAGAACUGCGCUCGCACGCCCAACGUCUCGCCGAGGGCCUGCGCACCACGGCCUCGCUCUCGCAAGGCGACGUCCUGUGCGUCGUGUCGCCCAACUCGCUCUACUACCACAUGCUCGUCCUCGCCAGCCAAUGCGCCGGCAUCGUCUUCUCGGGCGCCAACGCGUCGUACACGCCGAGUGAGCUCGCCCACCAACUCGAGGAUUCGAGCGCUAAGCUGGUUCUCGCCCACCCGCAAGUUCUCAAGACGGUCCUCGCCGCGACCAAGCAGCUCGGCUGGUCCACCUCGGAGCAGCAGCGCCGCAUCAUCCUCGCCGUCCGCUCUGACGAGGCCGGCCCGGCCUCGAAGCAGCACAAGACGCUCGACUACCUGCUCGCGGACAAGGAGAUGCAGCCGGUCAAGGUGCACGACCCGAAAAACACGGUCGCCUACCUCGGUUACUCGAGCGGGACGAGCGGCAAGGCCAAGGGCGUGCGCACGAGCGCCUACAACAUGACGUCGGUCCUCUCGAUCCUCGCCCCGGUCAAGACGUACGAGGACGACGUCCAGCUUGCGGUCCUUCCUCUUAACCACAUCUACGGCUUGACCAAGCUCGUGCACUGGCCCGUCCUGUGGGGCAAUCCCGUCGUCGUCAUGCCCAAGUUCGAGAUCCAGGCGCUCUGCUCCCUCGUCCAGCGGUACCGCGGGACCUUCCUCAUGCUCGUCCCGCCUAUCGCCCUCCAACUCGCUCGCGACCCGAUCGUCGACAAGUUCGACAUGUCGAGCCUGCGCAUCAUCAUCUCGGGCGCGGCGCCGCUCGGACCCGAGCUCGAGCAGGAGCUGGCGACGAGGUUGCCAAAGGCGACGGUCCUUCAGGCCUACGGCCUCACCGAGAGCUCGCCGACGACGCACAUGGGCAUCAUCCCGAAGCGUGGCUCGAUCGGCCCGCUCCUGCCCAUGAUGCGCGGCCGGAUCGUCGACCCCGAGACGAACAAGGACGUCAAGCAGGGCGAGGUCGGCGAGAUGCUGCUCGCAGGCCCGAACAUCAUGCUUGGCUACCUCAAUCGACCCGAGGCGACGGCCGAGACGCUCGUCAAGGACGCGCAGGGCACGACGUGGCUCAAGACGGGCGACAUCGCUCGCGUCGACGAGAAGGGCCUCUUCUACAUCACCGACCGCCUGAAGGAGUUGAUCAAGGUCAAGGGCUUCCAAGUGCCGCCCGCCGAGCUCGAGGCGGUCCUCCUCGAGUGCCCGUUCGUCGCCGACUGCGCCGUCAUCGGUGUGUGGAACGACGACCAGCAGACCGAGUACCCUCGAGCAUACGUCGUUCUCUCGAGCAAGGGCAAGGCCGAGUCGGACCCGUCGGCGACGAUCCAGUCGUGGAUGAAGAACAAGGUCGCGCACUACAAGCAGCUCAAGGGAGGCAUCAAGCUCGUCGACUCGGUGCCCAAGUCUCCCUCGGGCAAGCUCCUGCGACGAAUCCUGCGCGAGGAGGCCAAGGCCGAGAUCGAGGCGGCGAAGAAGGCGGCGAGCGGGCAGCGGGCGUCGCUCUAGAGUGCGCAACGGGCCUUGUAUUGUACAGAAACAGAGACUGCAACUAUGCGAGGUACACGACGAGGAACGACAGGAGAUAGAGAAAGAGAGAGAGAAAGAGAGAGCGAACGACGAGGGGAAAGAGACGGGCGAACGACGACGGCUAGAACUCCAUCGACUGCGCCUUCUCGGCCUUGACCUCCCUCGCCCUCUCCCUCGCGACGCCCUCUGCGUGCCGCUCAAACAGCUCGACGUACGGCUU